GUGGAUCAGCAGCUUGAAGACCUGGAGAUGACUGGGAAAUCAUCUUCGCCAAGAAAGGUUCCACUGUCUAAAAGAAAUGGCGGGAAAGUAUCGGAAAAGAAUGAAGAACCGAAAGUAACCUUCACGCCACUUUACAUUUCCUCUGCUGCCGUGGCUGUUUUUGCUGUGUUGUAUUACAUGUUGACCCUCCAGGAGGGCGGGUUGGAAACAUUUGUGCCAGUUGGACUGAGGACGGAAAGAACAGUACAUGAGGUUGCUUGUUCCAAGGACUACGACAAGGAACCGUUUCAAGAUUGUAAACCGAAACGAUGUGCACGGGUUGUCAUGGAUGAAUUGGUAACGGAAUCUGAAGCCAGACAUCUCCAAGGGGUAGCGAAGCGAGGUCUGGCACUAGGUGGUGGGGCCGGAGGGGCAUCUAUAUUGGAUCUACAUUCAGGAGCGCUUUCAAAAGGAAAAUCAUUUGUCAACAUUUACAGGUUACUGGAAACAAUGUCUGAAGAAAUAUUUACCGAAGAGGAUUUUCGAAUAUAUAGAAAUGUGAAAUCAAGAAUCCAUAAGGCUAUUGCUAAUGAGUUUGGAGUAAAUCCAAGUGCAUUGUUCCUCACCAAACCUACAUUUUUCUCUCGCAUGGAUACAAAACCAGCAAGUACCGUACACGACGAGUAUUGGCACACCCAUGUCGACAAGGUGACAUAUGGGUCGUUCCACUACACAUCACUUCUGUACCUGUCCAGUUACGGCCAGGAAUUCUCCGGUGGAAGGUUUAUCUUUGUGGACAAGGACGUUAACCGAACAGUUGAACCAAGACUUGGUCGCGUUUCCUUUUUCACUUCCGGUUCCGAGAAUGUCCACUUCGUUGAGAAGCUUGUCGAGGGAGAGCGCUUUGCCAUCACUAUAUCUUUCACAUGUGAUCCUGCUCAGGCGAUAGAAGACCCUGAUUUAUCAACGAAAUAGCAUUUUACCGAAAUCCUAGACCUUUCUGUUACAUUUCCAGAAGAAAUAGAAUUUUAUUCCGAUUCUAUCUAUGAUACAACGUUAUAUUGCUCAGGAUUUGAUCGUGAACUGUUAGUUACAGCUAAAAGGUGGAUGUUUGAUAUGUAUAAAAAAAAAAGGCGAGUUUUUCGUUAUUUUUCAGACGGUCAUUUAACACAGUUAUUGAAUGUUGCUCUUAAGUAAAUAUGCUUAUAUAUGGAUAUAUUUACAACCAUGCCAGUUGCUGCUUUUCGAGUUAGAUCUAAACCCGAAUUUUUCUCUUAUUUUAGUCACUCCAGACACAAUACGAGACCUAGGCUUUUACGGUUUGUACGAUCAGUAGUUUGGGGCGAUCUGUUAUAACAUUCCAUUGGAUACAUUGUAAGAUAUAUACCUCUGCCAAGUAAAUGUAGGAUGAGGUCUAUAUGCUUUUUGUUUGAUUCUUCUUGCGUAUUUUAUUGCUUGUAGUUUUAAGAUAUUUUAAACCAAAAAUUCCUAAUGGUGUAAAUACGUGUAAAAGUCCCUUGGUUAUGGUUGUCUGUGAAAGUAGUAUAAUUGUGGCCACGAGUAUGUCAGCUUUA